ACCAUCUCACUUUCACGCCAUCCAAACUUUUUCGCAACUUUCACUUCUGAUUAUCCUCCGACGUGCCCAUCACUCGUUUCUGGGCCUUUGACCAUACACUCGCUACUACUUCCUAGUCUAUCAACGUCGAGAUACCUGCAGUAAUCCUACCUUUCAUCACAAUCAUGCGCACCCAGUUCUUCGUCGCCGCCCUUGUGGCUUCUGCUGCAUCCUUCGUCGCCGCACAAGACGCCAACUGCGAAGCUGAGAACAUCGUCGAGGCGUGUCUGCCCAGUGUGCAAAUUCGCAUCGAUGCAUGCGACAGUCAGGACUGGAGGUGCCAGUGCGAUACCUACCAGCAGCUGUUGACGUGCUACGACAACUGCCCCAACGACGCACGCAAGCCCAGUGUGCAGAACCAGGUUACGCAGUUCUGUGCUGCUGCUAGCGCAUACCAACCCUCCUCCACGGUGGCUCCAGCCAGCUCGACACCGACGCCUUCUGCUGCGACUAGCACGACUGACGAGCAGCCCUCUGAGACUGGUAGUGGAGCGCAGGAGACGAAUAGUCAGGGUGCUGCUGGUGUGGUUGCGGUGCCUGUUGGUGCUGUGUUUGGUGUGCUGAUGGGGCUUGCUGGAUUGUUGUAAGAGGGCAGCGAGGAAGAGCGGUUGUGGGAAUGAUAUGACAAUGUGGAUCAAGAGC